CUAUCUAUCUAUCUGUCUGUCUGUCUGUCUGUCUGUCUGUCUGUCUGUCUGUCUGUCAACUGACCCACUGUAAUAUUCAGAUGACCACAGUGCAUGUGAUCCCUGAAGGUCAGCUGUUCUUUCACAGCUAUCACGUAGAUGUCAUGUGAGGUUUAACCGGGUUUCCAGUAGGGGGCAGUAAUGUUCCUGUCAUAAUCAACAGAAAGCAUCAAAUAACAGAUAAAGUAAAAGUGAAUGCAGUGAUACUGUGAGUCACAGCAGGUCCACUACCUAACUGAGGUGUUCAGUUGUUUACAGGAGAAACAGAGAGACUGGUGUGAGGAGAUCUGAUCUGUCCAAGACACGUUCACUGACAAAGCAGGAUGUUUCACAGCUGCUGUUGGGAAAAUGUGCAGAGACUGUUCUUCAAAACUUCUCUCCUUUCUACUCACGUCUUGGUUUGCUAACUGUGCAGUUCCUCAGAAUAUAUCUGCUAGAGAGGGAUUCACUGUUGUCCUGCCAUGUAAAUUUAAGGUGAUGUCUCUCCAGAGACUGUAUGUCGGGUGGCGCACGGAUCAAAAGGUGGUGUUUAUGCGUCUGGAUAACGACUCGUAUCAGGGGGAGGGAUACGAGGGUCGUGUGGACGUUCCUGAGGACGAGCUGCGUAAAGGGAACUGCUCUCUGGUGAUGAAGAACAUCAGUGUUACUGAUGCAGGAAUCUACAGGAGCUACCUGAAGAGGUUCACUCAGAGUGUAGAACUCUCAGUCGAUGAAACCCCAGAAAAGCCAUCUGUCUCAGGUGACGCAGGAGUGAACUCUCCUCAUCCGCUGGUCAUCAUCACAUCACUGCUCACCUUUUUACUCUUUCACGCCUGGAGUAAGGAGUUAAAGUCAUCACAGCCUCCUGUGUAGUGAAGACUCAGAUAUACACUGUAAAAAACACCGUAAACUUUUCACCUGGAGGAAAAUUCACCUUUCUGUUGAAAGUCUGCAGUGUUGAACCAUUGUGUCAUGAUCUAACAAACCAUCAAGAUCAGGAUCAGGAUCAGACAGAUAGCAGGAAAAACAGCUGAUUUAGAUAUCAGAGGAAAAAUCAGUGAACUAUUUCUGAUCCUGAAACAAAUGUAAAAGUUUGGAAUUGGAAUUAGAUUUUUAGAUGCUGUAAAUGUUUACAUCUGUUUCUUUAGUUUAUUCAUAUUGGAUAGAUUUGUUCGGCUUUAUUAUGUGUAAAGUUUAUACUAUUUACUGGUGUCAUGUUUCUAGAUUUUUAUUGGUUCCAAUAUUUUUUAGGAAACAUUUUAGCUUACACAUUAGCUUAGAACUUUUUAUGAAAAAACAAAAACAAAAAAUAAACAGUACAGAAUUUUUUCUGCUCCUCAAGGUUUCAGUAACGCUAUAAAAAAAGAUUAAAAGUUGUUUUGUGCCAAAUCUAAUAGGUAUAAACCCACAUGUGAAAAGAAAAAUCACUGUAAUGUCCUCUGGCCACAUGUGUAACUCUGACUCACUUUCCAGCACUGAAUGGGAAAUGUUGCUGAUUUAUUAUUAUUAUUAUUGUUAUUAUUGUUAUUAUUAUUAUUAUUAUUAGUAGUAGUAGUAGUAUGUUUUUUUAUGUUCUACUUAAAAAAGAGAAAGAAUUAGAUGUUUUUGUAAUUUUUUUAACAUUUAGAACUUUUGUUUGCAAAAGGAAAAAAAAAGGAAAACCAUCAGACCGUCACUGUGUCAUUCACAACAGGUUCCUUUGAGGAAAUACAGGCUUUAUGAGCAUGAUGUUAUAUAUUGAGCAGAAUCUUCCAUAAUGUGAAGUUAAUGGAGUUACUUGUAGCUUUUUUUUUGUAGAAGCACUCCACAUUUUUUACAUUGUAGUUAUGUGAACAAUCUGUGUAAAGA